CUCCUCUUCCUCUUUCUCCGCCAUUUUGUUACGGAGUUCUGGCUCACCGCUGUUCAUUAAAGAAUAAGUCGGCCAAUUUUUAAGCAUGUCUCUCUAUAAGGAAAAAAGUGCUGUACCAGAAGAAGAGGCUCAGAUCCACAGGAUUCGUAUCACUCUCACCAGUCGCAAUGUGAAAAGUUUGGAAAAGGUUUGCGCUGAUCUGAUCCGUGGAGCCAAGGACAAGAAGCUGAAAGUCAAGGGUCCAGUCAGAAUGCCAACAAAGUACCUGAAGAUUACUACCCGUAAGACUCCUUGUGGAGAGGGUUCCAAGACUUGGGACAGGUUCGAGAUGAGGAUCCAUAAGCGACUGAUUGAUCUUCACAGUCCAUCGGAGAUCGUCAAGCAAAUUACAUCCAUCAGUAUUGAGCCUGGUGUUGAAGUUGAAGUGACCAUUGCUGAUGUUUAAAUGGUGUAACAAUCAACAAUCAAUAAAAUUUUUGAAAAAACCAAA